CGAGGCUCGUGGUCUGCUCUUGCGCUAAACAAGACACCAGUCAGUAUACUUGCAGACCAGUCAAACCGGUGUUCAGUGCUGCUAGCGCUAGACAUACAUGCAUAUAGACCUGGAGCAUCUCUCGUCGUCGAAGGAGCUGUUGGUCGAGCGAUAUACAAGCACUGGCUAGAGACCAUGGUGUUACUUCGAUGGGAGCCCCUCCCCGGAAGGAGCUCGAUAAUUAUGAUGGAUCACUGCUCGACCCAUGCUCAGAUCAUGUAUAUCACUAAACUGGGCCGCCAAUUCGGUGUAUAUCUGCUAUGCCGGUGCUCAUAUUCACCGCACCUUGACCCUAUCAAACAGAGGGUCCGCCAGUUGAAGCAAUGGCUGCGU